AGUGUUGAUACACAACCAACCUUUUUUGGGGGAUUGGGGCCCCCUAGCAGCUGCGCAUAGUCUGUGUAUAGGAAGAGGUGAGUGGGUGUGUGUGCAUGCGUGUGUGUGUGUGCGCGUAUUAUUUUUCCGAUUUCAACAACUCUUGUUUGGAAAUAAGAACUGAAAAUAGGCUACCACCUAGCCCUAGCCUACCUACAUCCUGUUGAUAACUGUGCGGUUAUCUGCUACUAUAAAGCAGGUAUUCUAGUCAUUACUGCUGCAAAAGAUGUAUAAGAGAUGCCUCCAUGUUAAUUUGUGUUGGGUGUAUAUGAUGGCCAGUUUAGUCCUUUCCGAGAGUCUAGUAAUCCAAGUAGACUGCAAUGAAGAUAUCUCUAUGAAGUGUGACGCUAUCGAGGAUAAGAGCUAUCGAUCCAUUACAUGGUAUAAGCUGAACAACCGGACUGGUAUUAUCAGAAGAAGUGAUGACGAGAAGCCGCAGUUCUAUGAAUUUCCCCGACCUGCCAGGUUUGGAAUGAGGGACAGUCUGGUCCUUCCCAGAGUCAGACCUGAGGAUGCAGGGACCUACCUGUGUCUCAUCAGGGCCAACAUAGGACAGACCAACAGAGAGUCAAAAGUCACCCUCAGUGUAUCUACAGAUUGUGUUAUCCAGACUACAGUGGCAGUGACAGCAUGGCAGGGAGUGACUCACACUACCCCACAGUGUACCAUGCAUUUGGUGGAGGUCUCUGUCAUAUGGACUUUAUGUGGAUUCUUGAUUCUUGGCCUUGUCAAAAUCGCUCUGUGUCUCAUCUCUAUGCAGGUUGUUCGAAACAUCAAGAGGAGACAUAGCAGGGGCAAACAACAGCAGUGGUAAUGAAAAUGGUUGAGCCUUGGUCAACAGUUCCGAGUGCAGUGAUUUCAAAAACAUGUUAGGCCUGUGAAAACAUCUGAGGUUAGCUACAAGCAGAUGGCAAAAUAAAAGGAAACACUUGAGUAAAUGAGGGAUUCAAGGUAUAUUGGAAGCUGGUGCUUCCACACAGGUGUGGUUCCUGAGUUAAUUAAGGAAUUAACAUACCAUCAUGCUUACGGUCAUGUAUAAAAAUGCCCAGUUGCCCAUUAUUUUGACUACCAUGUCUAGAAGAGAUCUCAGUGACUUUGAAAGAGGGGUCUCAAAGGAGUAUAUGGGGUUGAAAGGGUGUGUGUGUGUGUGUGUGUGUGUGUGUGUGUGUGUGUGUGUGUGUGUGUGUGUGUGUGUGUGUGUGUGUGUGUGUGUGUGUGUGUGUGUGUGUGCGUGUGUGUGUGUGUGCGCAUCUCAGUCACCAGAUCUCAACCCAAUUCAACACUUAUGGGAGAUUCUGGAGCGGUGCCUAAGACAGCGCUUUCCACCACCAUCAACAAAACACCUAAUUAUGAAAUUUCUCGUGGUCACAUCCCUCCAAUAGAGUUCCGGACAGAUGUAGAAUCUAUGCCAAGGCGCAUUGAAGCUGUUCUGGUGGCUUGUGGUGAACCAAUGCACUAUAGACGGGUUGGCUGACAAUGUCACGAGAAUGAUGCACGCACAUCAAUGAGGCAAAAGUCAGUGUGGUGUUAUGAUUCUGAAUGGUCAGAUAGCUAGCAACAAUGACAAGAAACUACCACGUGGGGAAUCAUAGGUGGCUCAAAUUUUAAAAAGGCAAAAAUUCGCUAGCUAGCUAACCAACAACUGCAACAAUGUAUUUCAGAGACAACAAGUGCACAUUGUGCACAUCAAUUUAUACACAUUUGGAGACUAAAUAUAGGUUAAAUGUUGUAAACAAUCUAAGUUACCCUGUCUGUUUUGCCCUAUAGUUGGGCACACACCGGUUUUGUUGCUAAACAUCCAACCCGUCUAUAAAAUAAAGACACUUUUGUGUUGGUGUUUCCUUUAUUUUGGCAAUUACUUGUAGGUCACCUGGAUAAACUUCAAAUUUAUGACAAACACAAUAAUGUAAAGUAAAACCUAACAAUACAAUGAAAGAUGUAAAUAUCAGCUUCAAAUAUACAGUAUAUCAGAAGUUCUGCUUUGUGUUGCAAAAAUCUUGCAAUGAUACCCUGAGCAGUUAUCCACUAAAGGCCGUUCUAUACAGAUUGUUCACCCUACUUAUCAUAGACUACUGUACUGAUUUCAUUCUGCCGACGCUGGAGUUGAUGGGUGAAGAUCCAUUGAUUGGUGAAGAUCCAAGAUCCACUUUGUGAAGUGUUUGAUGCUGAUGAGGUAUGAAUCAUGUCCAGGAUUGCUGGUAGCCCUUGCUGGUCAUGCCCUAUCGAGUAAACCCCUGCUGUUCAAACUGCAGGGUGCUGUAAUGACUUUAUAGCGUCAGGCUUUGGGGAUUUCUCUGCCUACGAUACUGUAUUGUUAUUAACUAUGUAGGCCAGAAUAUACACAUGUUAUGAGGCUCAGGUGUGUUGUUUUCUGUAUUCAACUGUAUUGUGCCCUGUAUGAUACAGAAGAAAAAAACCUUUCCAAAGAACUGUCUGUGGUUUUUCACAAAAGUAUCUAUGCUUCUGCCAGGAAGUGUGUAAUGGAGGGGGGAGGGGGGUUAGCAUUUUGCAAUUUUGUUUGCACACGAAACACCAUGGCCUAUUAACCUGUUCAGUGUAUUGCCCUUUCUCCCUAAUUUGGAGAAUUUACAGUGAGUGAGGUGACUCGGACAUUUCUCCAUAAGAAUCUCUCACCUCCUACACUUCUAGGAGGGUACUUUGUCACUAUGUGAUAACACACUUACACCUUGCAUUCAAACCUCUGUCGCAUAGGUCUGUCUGUGAUAUGUUUUCCUUUUUUUUUUUUACGUAAAUCGUGUCUGUUAAAACAGCAAGUAAUACAAGUUGAAAAUCAUUCUGUGUUUCAUCACUGAUAAUCCUCCUCCUGCCCGUGCAAUGUUGUUUCAGUUCCCGUUCUUGCUUUCCUAACUAUGGAAAGUGAAAGAGCUGUGUCAUUCUUCCCUUACUGUUCUCCAGCCCGUAUUGGCUACCUUGUGGGGGGAAAUCCAGCUGGUUCGGAUGCUGUCCUUCUGGGUGCAUUGGCUGGACAGAAUCUACUGAACACAGAGGGGCUAACGCAGACUCCCCAAUGACUUGACCUAUGUACUGCAGCAGAUUACCCUGGUAGCAUCAGAACAAAGGAACAUGUUUUAUGGAUCCCGUACGCAUCGAUUUGACAUUUACAGAGAUGAGUCUUCUCAUUGAGGGUCGAUUGAAAUAGACCAUUUGAAAACAUUGAGUACAGAUCUCCACCUGUUGGUGAUUCUUGAAAAUACAACCAGAAUUGUGACACAACAACUUAGAUAAUAUCACAUGGAUAAAAAAGUGUGAAAGUUGUUUUUCUUAAAUAAAAAUACAAAA